AUGGCGUCGAAAGGAAUUGCGGAUUCGUUCAAGGAACUAGCUGUCAUUGUGAAUACGCCUGGUUUGGACGUGCCUGUUAAGAACUUCUCUGAUGCUUGCUCUCGCUUUUUCGUCGUAUUUAAAGUCCUCAAAACAGGAAUGUUUCCAAGGUUUCCAGAGAUAGAGUAUGUUACCAAGGUGAACGAUCUUGCCGAGGCGUCGAACUUAACACCGACAUUAGAGCUAAUGGUUGACAGAGAUAUAGAGGCAAACUGUGUAAGGAAAGUUGGUAGUCAUACAAGAAACCUUUUGCGGAUAAAGCGUAGUCUUGAAAUGAUGAGAGUUAUGUGCGAAGUGCUAUUAGACACUGAAUCUGAUCACUCCCUAAGAGAUGCAACAUUCACGGCUUACAAUCAAGUGUUUGCUCCGCACCAUGGCUGGGCUAUUCAGCAGGCUGUUGCUACAGGAAUAGGGUCUCUUCUUCCCAAGACGCUGCUAUCUGGAAUGUUCAAUGAAACUGGCACGUAA